AUGGCGACGCAGCCGCUUCUGCCGCCGGAGCAGCGCACGCUGCGCGCGGCGCUGGACCAGCGGGGGCUCGCGGAGCCGCUGCUGUCGUCCUACUGGAGCGACGGCCACUACGACGCGCGGGGCGAUGGGCCCCUUCGGCGGGCGGCGGGGGCGGUGUGCGCGGCCGGUAGGGAGCUGUGGACGUUCUCGCGCAAUGACCCCAGGAAGCCCGUGUACGCGGCCAAGGUGGCCACGGCGCUCGCGCUCAUCACGCUGCUCGUCUUCCUCCGCGAGCCCAGCGACAUUGUCAGCCACUCCGUCUGGGCCAUCCUCACCGUCGUCGUCGUCUUCGAGUUCAGCAUCGGUGCAACCUUGAGCAAAGGCCUUAACAGGGGAUUGGGGACUCUGACGGCAGGCGGGCUUGCUCUAGCAGUUGCUGAAUCGGCUAGGCACAUGGGCGACCAGGACAUAGUGUUUCUCAUCAUCACCACCUUCGCCGUUGGAUUCGCUACAACCUUGAUAAAGGUGCACCCCAAGAUGAAGCUGUACGAGUACGGGCUCCGCGUCUUCCUGCUCACCUUCUGCUACGUGACGGUGUCCGGGUACAACACGGGGGAGUUCGUCGGCGGCACGGCCCUGAGCAGGUUCUUGCUCAUCGUCAUCGGCGCCGCCGUCAGCCUGGCGGUGAACAUAGGCAUAUACCCGAUCUGGGCGGGAGAGGACCUGCACCACCUGGUGGCCAGGAACUUCGCCAGAGUCGCUGAAUCCUUAGAAGGGUGCGUCGAUGGAUACCUGACAUGCAUGGAGUACCAAAGGGUUCCUUCCAAGAUUCUCACGUACCAAGCUUCCGAUGAUCCUCUGUACAGUGGGUACAGGGCGGCUGUCGAAGCACAGACACAAGAGGAAGCACUGCUGGGGUUUGCCAUAUGGGAGCCACCGCACGGACCAUACAAGAUGAUGAAGUACCCCUGGCAGAGCUACACCAAGGUUGGCGGCGCGCUGAGGCACUGCUCCUUCGCCGUCAUGGCGCUGCACGGGUGCAUACUGUCGGAGAUCCAGUCGGCGCCGGAGAACAGGCAGGUGUUCAGCGCCGAGCUCCACAGGGUGGGCGAUGAGGCGGCCAAGGUGCUGCGGGAGCUCGGGCACCGGGUGAAGACCAUGACCAGGCUGAGCUCGCCCAACAUCCUCUCCGAGGUCCUCCACGCCGCUGAGGAGUUGCAGAAGAAGAUCGACCAGCGGUCCUACCUCCUCGUCAACACGGAUCGUUGGGGGGAGAGGGAGGACACCGCCGCCUCCACCACCACCUGCAGCCGGCACGAGGCAGGAGCCGGAGCCUCCAGUGAAAAUGAGGCGCCACCGCCGCCGCCGGAGCAGGCCGUCGUCAUCAACAUCCCUCCAAUGCACAAGUCGGAGUCGAACACGACUGUCGCCCGGGCCGCCGGCGUCAACGUCCCUCCACUGCACAAGUCGGAGUCGAACACGACCCUCGCCCGGGCCGCCAGCGUCAGCAUCCCUCCACUGCACAAGUCGGAGUCGAGCACGACCCUCGCCCGGACCGCCAGCGUCAGCGUCCCUCCACUGCAUAAGUCGGAGUCGAGCACGACCCUCGCCCGGGCCGCCAGCGUCAGCAUCCCUCCACUGCACAAGUCGGAGUCCACCACGACCGUCGCCCGGGCCGCGGCCCUCGGCAACGUGCACAAGUCGGAGUCGAGCACGUCGCUCGCCCGGUUCGACUCGGCGGCGUCGUGGGCGGCCAUGUCGCUGGCGGACGGCCUGGCGCUCAAGCCCCAGGGGUCCUGGCACCACCGGGUGCCGCCGUUCCACCCGGGCCAGCCGGUCGACGCCGCGGAGGCGAGGACGUACGAGAGCGCGAGCGCGCUGUCUCUGGGCACCUUCGCGUCGCUCCUCAUCGAGUUCGUGGCGCGGCUCGGGAACCUCGUCAACGCCGUCGAGGAGCUCAGCGACAAGGCCGCCUUCAAGGAUCCCGUGGAGGAGCCAUCCGUGUUAACAAGGGAGGAGGAGACUGGUGUUUUUGGCAGAAUGACAAAGUUUUUCAGGCUGAAGAGAUGA